AUGGCGGACGCAAACCAACAGCCACCAGUCCCCACGGCCUUUGCGCCUCCGCCGCCUUUGUGGAAAUACUUUACGCGCGAGAACCUUGACGAGCUAGAGAAGAUCAAGAAAGAGGCGUCCAAGAGCGAGGAUGGACGCAUCAAUCGUCAUAAGCAGUGGUCGCCUUCUGAAUUGCGCGCCCUCGAUCUGCCCCCAAAGCUGCGCUUCCUGGUGCCACCCGAGAUUCCCACCGGGCAAUACUCUGUCUUUGGCGAGCUACAAAGCCUAUCGACGAAGUUACCAUCUUUGCAAGAGCAGGGUAUCGAACAACUAUACCCUGAGCCAGAGACCGAUACCUCAAGCGACCCUUCCCAACCCUCCACACUUAACCACGCCUAUUACCUACUGAAGAUCAGCAAAUCCCUUCUUCUCAACUUCCUGGAAUUUGUUGGCAUACUGUCAGUGUCUCCUGAGCAAUUCGAGUCCAAAGUAGAAGACAUACGCAAUCUGUUCAUCAACGCCCACCACCUCUUGAAUCUCUAUCGACCCCACCAAGCCCGUGAAUCGCUCAUCAUGAUGAUGGAAGAACAAUUGUACCGCACCAAGGACGAGAUCAAGCAGAUGGAUAAAGUCAAGGCGGAUAUCGAGAGUGUCUUGGAUCAGCUGGAGGCCGAGGGUCGCCAAGUGGGCUCGGUUGAGCAGCCAGAUAACGCCAGCGACUCAACGCAGGCUACUCGACGCGCUCUUGAAGACGCCCGUCUGAUCUGGGACCUUUUGGACCAAGAAAAGUGA